AUGCCGCUGCCGGGUGCGCGCCGCGCGGUGUCGGGCUCCUGCCGCUCGCUGCAGGACGUCGAGGUGAUCACCGAGCAGGCGACUGGCUACCUGGACAAGGCGGCGUGUGCGGCGCAGUCCCGCGAGGGCAUCGCCCGCUUCGUCGAGGCGCUGCAGCGCUUCCAGCUCACGCGCGCAGAGGAGCUCAUGCUCAUCAACUCGCGGCCGCGCUCCCUCGUCGAGCUGCACCUGAUCGUGGAGGAGUGCGAGGAGCGGAUGCAGGAGGAGGAGAUGCAGGAGCUCCUCAGUCUGUGCGCGGUCCUGGACUCGCCCGUCGGCGAAGCCGCAGCAUCGUAG